CGCGGGGCGGGGCGGGGCGUUGGAGACCAACGUUCGCGCCCACACUGCAGAGCGACAAGCUGAGGCCGGGAGGUUGGGGGGCGGGUCCUCGGCACCGCCUCCAGAGCUCUUUCCUGUGCUGGGACGCCGCGAAUGAGGGCCCGGCCUGUCACGUGGGCGUGACAGCUGCGGAGGGGUGGUCCGCGGCAAUGUGGACGGGAGGCGGCCCGCGCCUGGAGCGUCGGUGCUGAGGACCCCAGCCCCGCCUGCCAGACCCCGGCCCCCGCCCCGGCUGCCCGGCCGGCCACACCAUGUUCUCUAGGAAGAAACGCGAGCUCAUGAAAACCCCUUCCAUCUCCAAAAAGAACCGCGCGGGAAGCCCCAGCCCGCAGCCGUCGGGGGAGCUUCCCAGGAAAGAUGGGGCUGACACUGUGUUCCCUGCACCUGGCCUGGAGCCCUCAGUCGCGUCCUCUGGUGUCAAGGCCACAGCCACCCUGAAGCGGCCCACCAGCCUCAGCCGCCACGCCAGCGCCGCCGGCUUCCCACUCUCUGGCUCUGGCUCCUGGACACUAGGCCGGGGCUACCGAAGCCCCCUGCCAGCUGCCAGCCCUGUAGAGCCGCCCACUGAGGGGCCUGGCGCUGAGGCCUCGGAUGACAUCUCAAACCUGCUGGCUGAUGUGGCCCGUGUUGCAGAGGGUCUGGAAAAACUCAAGGAGUGUGUAUUGCAUGAUGACCUCCUGGAGGCCCGCCGGCCACUGGCCCACGAAUGCCUGGGUGAGACCCUGCGUGUGCUGCACCAGGUCAUCUCCAAGUACCCAUUGCUGAACACCGUGGAGACACUGACUGCUGCAGGAACACUUAUCGCCAAGGUUAAAGCCUUCCAUUAUGAAUGUAACAAUGAGUUGGACAAGAGGGAGUUUGAGAAAGCCCUGGAGACCAUCGCGGUGUCCUUCAGCGGCGCUGUGUCCGAGUUCCUCAUGGGUGAGGUGGACAGCAGCACACUCCUGGCCGUGCCACCCGGGGACCCCAGCCAGUCCAUGGAGAACCUGUACCAGAGCAGCGAGGGCUCCCCAGCCGGCGCAGAGUACUUUGAGGGCUGCCUGCCCCCGGAGGAGGUGGACAUGCUGCUGCAGCGCUGCGAAGGCGGCGUGGACGUGGCUCUGCAGUAUGCCAAGAACAUGGCCAAGUACAUGAAGGACCUUAUCGGCUACCUGGAGAAGCGGACUGCGCUGGAGAUGGAGUUCGCCAAAGGUCAGCAGAAACUCAUCCACAGUUCCAGACAGAGCUUCGUGCAUGAGCCCCACAUGCCCCUGCUGUCCAUCUACUUGCUGGCCCUGGAGCAGGACUUGGAGUUGAGCCACGGCAUGGUGCAGGCGGUGGGAACACUGCAGACGCAGACCUUCAUGCAGCCCCUCACCCUGCGGCGGCUGGAGCACGAGAGGCGCAGGAAGGAGAUCAAGGAGUCCUGGCACCGCGCACAGCGGAAGCUGCAAGAAGCCGAGGCCAACCUGCGCAAGGCCAAGCAGGGCUAUGUGCAGCGCUGUGAGGACCACGACAAGGCCCGCCUCCAGGUGGCCAAAGCCGAGGAAGAGCAGGCAGCCACCUCGCCCGGGGCGGGCAGCACGGCUUCCAAGACACUGGACAAGCGGCGGCGGCUGGAGGAAGAAGCCAAGAACAAGGCGGAGGAAGCCAUGGCCACCUACCGCACAUGCGUGGCAGACGCCAAGACACAGAAGCAGGAGCUGGAAGACAUGAAGGUGACCGCGCUGCGGCAGAUCCAAGAGGUCAUCCGCCAGAGCGACCAGACCAUCAAGUCGGCCACCAUCUCCUACUAUCAGAUGAUGCACAUGCAGACGGCGCCGCUGCCCGUGCACUUCCAGAUGCUGUGCGAGAGCAGCAAGCUCUACGACCCCGGCCAGCAGUACGCGUCGCACGUGCGCCAGCUGCAGCGCGGCGAGGAGCCCGACGUGCGCUAUGACUUUGAGCCCCACGUGUCCGCCAACUCCUGGUCCCCAGUCAUACGUGCCCGCAAGAGCAGCUUCAACGUCAGUGACACCCUGGGGACAGAGGCCACCAGCAGCAGCCCCUCAGACGAAGGAGGGCCCAGUGAGGGCACAUCUGCCAAAGACCACAGGGGGGGACGGGGACACCAGGUGCACAAGUCAUGGCCGAUCUCCGCCGCAGACUCGGAUGGCAGCCUGGACCCCAGCGUGGGCUCAGGGGACUUUAACAAAUUCCAACGGAUGUCGUCCAGCGGCACCGUGUCGUCCAGCGAGGAGCUGGUGGACCAAGAAGGCGGAGCAGGGACAGCGGAGUUUGAACAGGAUGACAUCAACCGCAUGGCCCCCCAGCUGCCAGUGGCUGGGUUCAGUGGGCCCUUCCGCCAUGUCGGGCUGUCCAAGGCGGCGCGCACGCACCGGCUCCGGAAGCUCCGCACGCCAGCCAAGUGCCGGGAGUGUAACACCUACGUCUACUUCCAGGGGGCCGAGUGUGAGGAGUGCUGUCUGGCGUGCCACAAGAAAUGCCUGGAGACCCUGGCCAUCCAGUGUGGCCACAAGAAACUGCAGGGCCGCCUUCAGCUCUUUGGACAAGACUUUGGGCAGGCGGCCCUGGGCACCCCAGAUGGCAUCCCGUUCAUCGUGAAGAAAUGCCUAUGCGAGAUCGAAGGGCGUGCGCUGCGCACCAAGGGCAUCUACCGGGUCAACGGGGUAAAGACGCGUGUGGAGAAGCUGUGCCAGGCUUUUGAGACGGGCAAGGAGCUGGUGGAGCUGUCACAGGCCUCACCCCACGACAUUAGCAAUGUCCUCAAGCUCUACCUGCGCCAGCUGCCAGAGCCACUCAUCUCCUUCCGCUUCUAUCACGAGCUGGUGGGGCUGGCCAAGGACAGCCUGAAGGCCGAGGCUGAGGCCAAGGCGGCGUCCCGGGGAGGCCGGCAGGAUGGGUCCCAGAGCGAGGCCUCUUCCCUAGCCAUGGCGGGCCGCCUGCGGGAGCUGCUGCAGGACCUGCCACAGGAGAACCGGGCCACGCUGCAGUACCUGCUGCAGCACCUGCGCAGGAUCGUGGAAGUAGAACAAGAUAACAAGAUGACCCCGGGGAACCUAGGCAUCGUGUUUGGGCCCACACUGCUGCGGCCGCGGCCCACAGAGGCCACCGUCUCCCUGUCCUCACUGGUGGACUACCCCCACCAGGCCCGAGUCAUCGAGACCCUCAUCAUCCACUAUGGCCUGAUCUUCGAGGACGAGCCAGGGGAGGGACUCAGGGCACAGGAUGAGCCAAGCAGCCAGCGCUCAGAGGUGGUGGUGCCAGUUCCAUGUCUGGAGGGCAGGGAGGGAACCACCUACGUCCUGCAGGAGGAGGAUGGGGGCCGAGAAUCCCGAGUAGCAUCCAAUGAUUCUGACUCGGAGCUGGAGGAGACCUCGGACCCUCUGUCCCUGUCAGAGGCCAGCGUCCUGCACCGCCUCAGCUUCCUGGAGAAGCAGGAGGGGGAGGCCAGCCCAGAGGAGGGUCCCCAAAGCCGCAGUGGCAGUGAGGAGCAGCUGGGGGAUGAGGAGGAAGAAGGCCCAGCCCAGCAGCUGUCCACAUACAACACCAACCAGUCCAACAACACGGCGUCGGCCCGGCUGCCGCCCACGAGACUCCGCAGCGGGCACAUCGCAGGGGGCGGCUGUGGGGACAGGCGGCUGGAAUUCGUCUGAGCUGGGUGGCAGCAUCGCACUGUUGCUCCCCUGAUGCUCUGGAGGGUCCGGGGCCUGUCCUGGGCCACCGCCUCUCUGAGGACAGCAGGGCUUAGGGUCCACCCUGUGUCUGCCACUUGGGCUGGCCUGGCUCAGCCCGGCUGGGGGGAUCCCUGCCUUCGGGGAAGUCACCUGCUGCCUUGUCAGAGGCCCCACAGCCGUGAGGACUGACCGGCCCUGUCCCUGAUGAGCGCCUCUCCCAUGGCCCGGGCAUCCCUGGGGUGCAGGCCCUACCUGGACCUCGCCCUGCCCCAUCUGAGCCUGUGUGGGUCCUGCGGGGAGGCUGCUGCUGGCCCAGGCCCCCCCACCAGAGCUCUGGCUCCAGGAAGCUGUCACCUUUCUGUAAGGCUGGACUUGGACAGCUGGGUAAAGGUACACAAUGGAGUCUGUCACAGGCCACAAUGUCCUUGCAAACCCAAACUUCUGUCUGUUUUGCUUAAAAUAAACCUUUUAAUCUAG